UUUAAAAAAAAACUAAAAAAAAAAAAAAAGAGUUGAUGAAAUCAUCAGAGAAGUCUCCGGGGUCCCUCUCAGCGGGAGGUCUUCACGCUUUUCAGCGCGCUCCAGCGAUGGCACCGCGCACGGCCGAUGGACUGUAACUGUGACAUCCUCAGAGGUAUGACGGACAGACGCCCAAGACCUAGAAACUUUCCCAAGCUCGUCAGGGGGACCCGAAGAAGAAAUCUGAAGGUGUCAAACACUUUUUGAACCCUAGUCGAUGGAUUUACCUUCAAUUCAAGAGUUUUUCACCUGUACUUUCUCUGUAGGCUAGAAACGUUGAAGCAUGGGCGACUGGAGUUUUCUGGGGCGGCUGCUGGAGAAUGCUCAGGAGCACUCGACCGUCAUCGGCAAAGUCUGGCUGACCGUCCUGUUCAUCUUCAGGAUCCUGGUGCUCGGCGCCGCAGCCGAGGAGGUCUGGGGCGACGAGCAGUCCGACUUCACCUGCAACACCCAGCAGCCCGGCUGCGAGAACGUGUGCUACGACGAGGCCUUCCCCAUCUCGCACAUCCGCUUCUGGGUGCUGCAGAUCAUCUUCGUCUCCACGCCGACCCUCAUCUACCUGGGCCACGUGCUGCACAUCGUCCGAAUGGAGGAGAAGCGGAAGGAGAAGGAGGAGGAGGUGCGCAAGGCCAACAGGCUACAGGAGGAGAAGGAACGGCUUUAUAGAAACGGGGGCGACGCCGGAGGUGGGGGGAAGAAGGAGAAGCCACCAAUCAGAGACGAGCAUGGCAAAAUCCGUAUAAGAGGUGCACUGCUGCGCACUUAUGUGUUCAAUAUUAUUUUCAAGACCCUGUUUGAAGUGGGUUUCAUUUUGGGCCAGUAUUUCCUGUACGGCUUCCAGCUGAGGCCCCUGUACAAAUGUGCGCGCUCGCCGUGCCCCAACACCGUUGACUGCUUCAUAUCGAGGCCCACUGAAAAGACUAUUUUUAUCAUAUUUAUGCUUGUGGUGGCUUGCGUGUCUCUUUUGCUGAAUAUGUUGGAAAUCUAUCACCUGGGAUGGAAGAAACUGAAACAGGGCAUGACAAACGAGUUCCUCCCCGGCAGCAAGUCGCUGCAGCGCGCCGGCGCCGAAGAGCCCCUGUGCUUGGCCCCGGCCUCGGCCUCGAGAACUGCCCCAUCCAGCCUCGGCUACCCGCCCAACUACAUCGACGUGACGGCGGGCAGCGGGGCGUUUCUGCCGCCUAUGAGGCCGGCAGCCGUGGCCUCGGCGGCGCAGUUUAAGGUGGCUGAUCUCCAGCAGGAGGAGUCGCUUCGGCAGUCUUCCUCGCCUUCUCGGUACUACAUCAGCAACAACAACAACCACAGGCUGGCCACGCAGCAGAACUGGGCCAACCUGGCUACCGAGCAGCAGACUCGGGAGAUGGGGUCGCCUUCCCCAUCCUCAUCUUCUUCUGCCAACAAUGAGGGUGAACGGCAGCAGGCGCCGGCCGGUGCCGCUCCGCUCCUUCCCGGCGACGCCGGCGACGACGCCACCUUAGGAGGCGCCGGUGGCAGCGGUGGAGGGAGGCAAACCCACCAGGAGGAGGCCCACCUCACCACCACGACGGUGGAGAUGCACGAGCCCCCGCUUACGGCCAGCACAGACCCGCGGCGGCUCAGCCGGGCGAGCAAGAGCAGCAACGUCAGGGCCAGGCCGAGCGACCUGGCUGUCUGAAACCUCUUUGGCCCUUCAGUGUCCCCAACCCCUUCCAACACCGCCCCCCCCCCCUCGCUUCCCUCUGCCACUCCCUCAGACACUCUAAUUGUCAAAGAUAACUAAGAAAGGAAAACAAUUUUGAAUUAAAUUUGCUCUAAGCAUGAAAAAAAACCACAAAAAAGACAAGAGGCAGGAACGCAAAACCUCAUAAAAUGUUGCUGCUAACAUGGAAUCACUGCCCCAGCGAGAAGUAUCCGACCUCAGCCGUCGCUCUCAGGCCCCACUACUCUAAAUCUUUUUCUGUUUAUUUUUUAUUUAUUUUUUUUAUAUUUGAUCUCAUACCCUAACCCUAAAGCCAAUCAAAUGUCGCCUAGCCUUAAACACGGCACCAGGAGGACUGUGGGGACUCAGAGUGCUGCUGAGGGUCUUUGCUCACGUAUUAUUGCCCCUAGCGGCAGCCUUUUAGUGCAAUCGGUGAGUUGUAGAGCUGCGGGUUUAAGGUUUGUUCGUUUUUUUUUUUUUUUUUAGGUCUGUGCACCGAAACUGUGGCUACACAGUUAAACAAAAAGCAGACGGUAAAAUUUAAUAUCAUUAAAGGCAAU